AUGGGUCUUGGCUUCUUGUGGGACUCCAGCGCUUUUGGUGUCUGGAAAGUCACACGCGGCUCACUGUUUACUAGUACCGCAGCCACCUCCAUUGGCAAAACGGUCACCACCAACUUCGUGACUGAAGAUAUUACAUAUGACCUCGUCGCUGUUGAGAUAUGGUCUAUCCUCGAAGAUCAAGUAGGAAUCAUCGUUGCCUCAACUCCUGCUUUGCGGCAGCUCUUUAUCUGGAGCCGACAGUCAAUCUCGGCACGCCGCACGAAAACUUAUACGCAAGAUCGUACCUUCGACCGCACCACGAUAUCAGAACCAAGCGCCGUUCAAGGCAAGAGCGGCAUAAGCAAAGAAAAUCUUAUUCCUUUGGGAACCCUCCCAGUGCGGAAGACCACUGAGCUCGAAGUCAAUUUCUCGAACAAGACUGAGAGUGAUGAUCUCGAGCGCGGAAUUGGCUGGGACUGA